AUGGCUGGACGUGGAGGAAGAGGUGGCGGCAGAGGCAGGGGAAGAGGAUUUGGGGCUGGUGCGCUGCCUCCAAUGGGGCUUUCCUUUGCAGAUAUUCAGGCUAUGUCCAGGGAAGCAACCGCUCUAUAUCCUCCGUUGAGAGCCCCGGUCAUGAAUGAACCUACUGAAAAAGAAAAACGAAUUACCCAGCUGCAGAUUGAAUUCGCGUCGAGAUUACGGAAAUCUGAAUAUUAUCUUGUAGAAUCGACUAAGUCUACCGAGCUGCCUCGAUAUUCGGAUAAAUAUCGACCUUCGACUACAUCCCAGCCGGCACUGAAACGUAGCGACUUGCACGCUCCCUUCUUCCCGUCCGAGAUUUUCGAGGCAUAUUUCAAUCCCAAGAAAAAAUCAAAAGCACGAAAACAAGCUGGUCAGAAGCGGAAGCUCAAUCUUGACGAAAUGCUCGAUGACGAUGAAGCGAAUGAAUCAGCACAGGAAGGAUCAGAUGCGGGCGGCUCUCAAGGCGAACCGGACUAUGAUACCGAGGAAGAAUACGAUAAUGAUUACGCUGACAACUACUUUGACAAUGGCGAAGGAGAGAACUUUGAUGAUCUUGGAGACGGCGGUGGAGGUGAUGAUGGAGGCAUCGGCGGUGAUUACGAUUGA